UCUCUCAACGGUACUGUUUGGCUCUGUUUACUCUCAAUUCGUUAUACAGAAGAACAGCAUCAAAGUCCUCUCCCCCGAGUCCCCCCGACCAUCUCCAUGCUUUGUACGAUGCCGCAAUUGGAAAAUUUGGAAGUACAAACCGUACACGGACUAUAACAGGAUCCCUUGUUCACCCCACGAAUGGCUACAACUCCAAGGGUUGCAUGUCCUUUGAUGGUGCAAACACCUUUACUUCAUCUUCUCGUCCCCCCGUUCUGCUUCUUGAUCGUGGAGGUUUGGAAUGGACAAAAGGCAGGAGCUGCAGCAGUUUUAGUGGCUCAUCAAGUAUAUGAGCCAUUGAUGACAAGUGUGAAGAGCAGCAGUGGAGGUGGAACAACAUGUUACAAAGAUGAGAUCAACAUCCCUUCAGCUUUCAUAAAUAGGUCAUUGGGUGACAACCUAAAGAAGGCUUUGGAGAAAGGGUGAAGAGAUUAAGAUGAAGAUAGGCUGGACAGCGGCAGCACCCAACUCUCAACUCUCAACUCUCAAGUCUAGAUAUGAUUGAGAAAUAGCUAACAAGUGUAUUGUUCUGGGAUU